UAAAGAAAGAGAGGGAAACAGAGAGAGAAAGAGAGAGAGAGAGGAGAAAUGGCGAUCUUCUACGCUGUGGUAGCGAGGGGCACGACGGUUUUGGCGGAAUUCAGCGCUGUCAGUGGAAACGUCGUCUCAUACGCCCGCCGGAUCCUUGAGAAGCUACCGUCCGAGGCGGAUUCCAGGUUGUGUUUCUCUCAGGACCGCUACGUAUUUCACAUUCUCAGAGCUGAUGGACUUACUUUUCUCUGUAUGGCCAACGAUGCAUUCGGACGGAGAAUUCCAUUCUCAUACUUGGAAGAAAUUCACAUGAGAUUCAUGAAAAAUUAUGGGAGAGUAGCUCCACAUGCUCCUGCUUAUGCAAUGAAUGAUGAAUUUUCAAGGGUCCUGCACCAGCAAAUGGAAUUCUUCUCCAGUAGUCCCAGUGCAGAUACACUGAGUCGAGUAAGGACUGAAGUUGAUGAGGUACGCUCUAUUAUGGUGGACAACAUUGAUAAAAUACUCGCAAGGGGUGACGUAUGCAAGCUUCUUGUUGACAAAACUUCAUCAAUGGAAGAUAACACUUUUCAUUUUAAAAAACAGUCUAAGAGUCUACGAAGAGCUCUUUGGAUGAAAAAUGCAAAGCUCUUGGCCUUAUUGACAUGCUUGAUCGUCGUGUUCUUGUACUUGAUAAUCGCUGCCUGCUGCGGAGGACUCACUUUAUCUUCAUGCAGAUCUUGAUCACAAGGCUUUAUAAGGAAAUAAUCUAAACUUAAAGCACUAUUUUCUUUUGUAUUUGUUUGAUUAUUUGUCUAUUAAUUAUAGGGAUGGGGAGAUAUAAAUUUAUGUGAGUUUGUAAAAGACUAUGGAAUUCGAGUACAUAUAUUACAUGUAAAGCAGUUCUUGUAUUAAGAUUGAAUUCUUGGUUGAGUUGUAUUUGUGCUUUGUUAAAUGUAAAAACCAUUUUUUUUUUAUCUU